AACUCUACAACUGCACUGGAAGGAGGAUAUGGCUGAAUACCAGCGUACUCUUGAUUAAAUCGCCUGCAGGGCAAGCUUCCAGUCUAAUGUUAAUAAUGAUGCUCUAAAAGCGACCACAGAGGUACUUUUGAGUGGCUCUUCCCUGCCCGUUUGGAUCGGGAUGUUCUCCAAUUGUGGGGAGCGUGUGCAUGUGCAUAGACUAUAGGGGAGCAACAGUAGGAUGAGCUGUCCCAGAGCCAUCACAGUCUGCGGGGACUGACACACACCGCUACAAAUACGGCAGUCGAUGCUGUCUUCCAGAGGCUAUCCCUCUCCCUGGCUGAGAAACCAGCAGCAGCAGCAGUAUGUCCCGUGUCUCCUCCACCGCAAAGCGCUACGCUGGCCCCUCUUACACCAGCCACUACAGCUCCUACAGCUCCUCCCUAACCCCAGGCCUUAGCUCCUACAGCGAGCGGGACGGGCUGUCCUCCUACAAGUCCCACACCUCCUCCUCCUCUUCAUCCUCCUCCUCAGGUUACUUAUCCUCUAGCUAUCUGAGCAGCGCCGCCGUCCGCAGCCGCAACUACAGCACCUCCUCGGACCCUGAGCGUGACCGGGGUCGAACCAUCCCUCGCACUGACAUCCUUGGCAACAGCAGCAACCGCCGGAGUGAGAGCCUCAGCAGAGCCCCACUCAAGAGCUAUGGAGGGUCAGGGCUAAGUGGGGGGUCAGCCUACACUGGCUACGGCUCCUACGCUUCAUCCCCAGCCCAGUCCAGCUACCUCUCCUCUUCUCCGGUGGCCUCCAGCAUCUCACUCAGUCGACGAAAAUCUGUAUCCCAGAGUGACCUGAGCAGGGACCUGGCCUCUCUGAGCCUCAAUGAUGCUUCCUCCUCAACCCCUUCUUCAUCCACCAGUGCCCUGCGGAGCUACCGCAGUCGGACCAGUGAUGUGGCUGACUCGUACGGCAGUAGCUCCCGACCCGGCUACUCAGGCCUGUCCCGAAGCACUACUCAGGAGACCCUGUCACGGAGCUCCACCCAGGAGGCCUUCAGCAGCAGCAGAGCAUUCAGCUCUUCAGCAUGGGAGUCAAGCAGUAACCAGCUGCCCCAUUCCCCAACAAGGGACUCUACGAAUUCAAAGAGCGCCCAAGGCCUGGUGGGACUGAAGAAUUUAGGAAACACUUGUUUCAUGAACAGUAUCCUGCAGUGUCUCAGCAACACACAAAGCCUGCGAGACUACUGCCUGCACAACUCCCACCGCAGAGACCUUAACAACAACAGCCGCACCAACACAGCCCUCAUGGAAGAAUUUGCCAAGCUGCUACAGACCAUGUGGACAUCAUCCAGCAGUGAGGCUGUCAGCCCGUCCGAAUUUAAAACACAGAUCCAGAGAUAUGCUCCUAGAUUUGUGGGAUACAACCAACAGGAUGCUCAGGAGUUCCUGCGCUUCCUCCUGGACGGCCUGCACAACGAGGUCAACAGGGUCACUGUGAGGCCGAGAGGCACUGUGGAGGACUUCGACCACCUGCCAGAUGAGGAGAAAGGGAAGAAGAUGUGGAGUAAAUACCUGGAGCGAGAGGACAGUAAGAUAGUAGACCUGUUUGUGGGGCAGCUGAAGAGCUCGUUGACCUGCAGCCACUGUGGUUUCUGCUCCACUGUCUUCGACCCCUUCUGGGAUCUCUCUCUGCCUAUCGCCAAGAAGGGCUAUGGUGAGGUGAGUCUGAUGGACUGCAUGCGACUCUUCACCAAAGAAGACGUCCUUGAUGGGGAUGAAAAGCCGACGUGCUACAGAUGUAAAGCCAGGAGGAGAUGCACUAAAAAGUUCACAAUACAGAAAUUCCCCAAGAUUUUAGUGCUGCACCUGAAGCGCUUCUCUGAGGCACGAAGAACCAGCAAACUAUCCACAUUUGUUAACUUCCCCAUGAAGGAUCUUGACCUGCGGGAGUUUGCCUCUGAAAACAGCAUAAAUGCAGUGUACAACCUGUACGCAGUGUCCAACCACUCAGGCACCACUAUGGGCGGCCACUACACAGCCUACUGUCGCAAUCCCAGCUCGGGAGAAUGGUACACGUUCAAUGACUCCAGAGUAACGCCAAUGUCCUCCAGCCAAGUGCGCAGCAGCGACGCCUAUGUCUUGUUCUACGAGCUGGCUUGCUCCUCGCGGAUGUGAAGCGUCGUAGAGGAGGGCAGGCCACAGCACCACUCUGACUCACAGACAGACACUGGACGGAUGGACACGCAACACAUGAGAGUGCUGUUGGAGCCUGGCCUGUUUGGAAAUUUUACUUGGACAUACAUUACAUGGCUCACACAAACACACACAUACACAUCACUCCACAGAGACUGCUGGAUGGGGGGACAGGCUGGAAACCACUGGCUUUUUUAAUUCUGCUCUCCGUUUGUACUCCCACAUGUUGCUGGUUGUGGGUGGACGUGCGUUUACUCUGUGUGUGUGUGUGUGUGUGUGUGUGUGUGUGUGUGUGUGUGUGUGUGUGUGUGUGUGCGCGUGCGUGUGUGUGGGGUUGACAGAGGGCAAUAAUCCCAUCUGAGUGAACCAACCAGGUGACUCAGUCUCCAUCUCAGAAGCCCCUCUCUAUGCACUGCAAACUGAACUCUGGUCCUGACCACGCCUUUCCUUCUUCUUCGUCUUCUCUUUGUGAUCUUCUUGUUUGCCUCAAACCAUUAAAACUGAGACGACCCAGUUUA